UUUGGAAAUAUUGAAUAUGUGUAUUUAUCGAAUUUAAAGCUACAGUCGUGAAAUUUGCUGUCUUUAUUCCAUAUAACACUUUACAUAUGUGUAGGCUAUCUCCUAAAUUCAGAUUAAUCGAAGACAAUAAAGAAGUGUAACUUGUUCGGUUUGUUCUGAAUGAUGAUAAUUAUCGGCUGUAAUACUGUCAUUAUUUUCGCUGUUGAUGAAGGAUCCCCGAGGUAGAUUGCGAAUGUCAUUUGAAAUACAAAUUGCUUUAAAUUGGACAAUUUUGAGGAUGGUGGAUAUCUAACAGGUAUUUGUCAAACGUGGUCGUCAGUCCAUAUCAUCUGGGAAUCGUGUUGGUGCAAGUGGCAUUUUUGUACAAUAUUCUGGAGUUGUUCUUAUUCGAGGUUUUUCUGAUUUCACUGUAUUUUAUUAUGACGGAAUGUACGUGAACACAUGUGGAGAUUAUGAUCAUUUCGAGAAAGACUGGGCAAAAGACAACCGCAGAGACUGAGAAAGAGAGAUAGAAAUGAAAGGAGGAUGUGGAGGUGUGAUCCGUGUUCAACUGGGAGUCGCACACAAACGGUCCGUCGGACCCGACCCUCGGAUUACCAAUCCGCGUCGCUCUUGGAGGGAGUGGACCAAUCAGAGAGCACCUUGGAUAAAUAUUCAUGAUUCCCUGAUUCAAACCUUUGAGCGAGUUUGUGUGGAUCCACAGCAUCGUACCUAGACUUUUCACAGAGACAAACUACAUUUUCUUAUGAAUGGAAAGUGAAAAAAUCAGUUGAGCUUAAAUUGGGAUCCAUCCUUCACUCAGAUCAUAGAAGAAAACAAAAAAGCAGGGAGAGAGAGAGAGAGCGAGAGACAUGACCAUGUCUACAAUACCAGAGAGUCUAAACAGCCCAGUCUCAGGAAAGAACGUGUUCAUGGAAUUUGGGCCACCAAGUCAGCAAAUGUCGCCUUCAUCUAUGACCCACGGACAUUAUUCAAUGCACUGUUUACACUCCUCCGGACACCCGCAGCACGACAGCGCAUACAGCCCGGCUCCGUCCUUCCCCAGAUCUCUGCCUUAUCCAUACGUCAACUCGGUCGGUAGCCAUUCCUCCAGUCCGUACCUCAGCACCGUGCAGACUUACCCAAACAACUCGGCUUUGGCGCAGACGAGAUUGGAGGACCCAGCGCCAGAGUCAGAGAAAAACACCGUGGUGGAAGGAGGAGAGGUUCGUUUCAACGGGAAAGGCAAAAAGAUCCGCAAGCCCCGGACCAUCUACUCCAGUCUCCAGCUGCAGGCUCUAAACAGGAGGUUCCAGCAAACUCAGUAUCUGGCUCUGCCGGAGAGAGCCGAGCUCGCCGCGUCACUGGGGCUCACGCAAACACAGGUGAAGAUCUGGUUUCAGAAUAAACGCUCCAAGUUUAAGAAACUGAUGAAGCAAGGCGGAGGAACAAUAGACACAAACGCUUUGGCUAACGGGCGCGGACUGUCCACCGGAUCUCCAUCCGUAGCGCCCGUCUGGAACUCAACAGCCAGCGUCAAAACAUCCACACCGACCUCGUAUAUUCCCAGUUACACCUCAUGGUAUCCCACAGCACACCAGGACACUAUGCAGCAGCCACAACUCAUGUGAACUAGGACUGCUGAAACAACCCCGCCCCUCUAUCCACCAAUGGCCCAGUUCAGGGGACCCGACACAGGCCAGUCACUCUGCGGCCUUACACACACACUGGCCCUCCGCAGCCCAGACCAGAUGUGAUCCGGAGACACUCUCAAAAACACACCUACUGACACACUGGUCAGCGUGGACUGAACGAGGGUCGUCUGCACCGGAGAGGAAACAAGUCUCUUUUUGAAUUGAAGGGAAUGCCGGGAAAGUGGGUCAAAUCAAAGCUGCUACUCUCCCCCUUUCCGUGACUUUUUUGUUGUGUAAAAAAUCAUGAAACUGUUCCUAGUCAGAAAUGUAUUUCAUUUUCUUCAAAUUUGUAAUUUUCCGUAUGAAAAUUGGAAUUACCGGUUUGUCCAUCCACAACAAAGUGCUGGUUUACGGGCUGUGAGAACGGCACGAACAUCACACCGAACUGCGCUUUUUCCAAAAGCUCAGGCGAAACGUCGGGCUCGUACAGUCGCUUCGCCAUGGCGCGGUGAACGUGUAAAAACUGGGAUAAAUCACACCGUGAGCAAGUACGAACGUCUCAAGAUUUUCCCCAUUUUAAAGGGAACAAAGAAAUCUUUAAACAAAGUUAUUUUGUAUGUAUGGCGUUUUGUGUUUAUUUAAAUAUAACUUAUUUAGAAUUUUGUUUUUUAUCUGUUUGUAUGUUUUAUUUAAAAUAAAUGUUCUUUAAAUUAUGAUGUGAGGCUGCACUAUAAAAUAGAAACACUUCCCUCGGAUUUGAACCCAAUUUGUAAAGCCGAGUGUUUUUUGGAUCCUACAAAGAGAAGCGGAGUGCAGAUAAACGCGUCUAUCAUCACCGUUAGAUGGGAAGUGUUGACAGCUCUAAUGUACAGAAAUAGUCGUUUUCGUUGUGUGCUGAACAAUUUGUGCAAAAGGAUCUAAACAUGAUUGUGUUGAUUAAAAUACAUGUGUCUUUCCGUUUCACAUUGAAAAAUAGUUUUAUAGCUUAUACCGGUCACAUUAAUUUAUUGUUUUUGUUUCAUGGAGUCUUGUAUAAUGUGUAAACUCGAACAGUAAAAAUCUGCUAUGAAAGAAGUUACAAAAUGUCAUCGCAACGUUUAUUGCUUUGCCAAAAAUGAAUGAAACUCAGGUAACUGAUGACACAAUUCAAUGAACUAAUGCAAAAAAGUUGUUUUGUAAAUAAAUAGGCCUAUCUCAAUAUUUAGCCAACUUGUUUUAAUAUCCAAACGUAUGUGUUGUCUACAUAUACCGCGCUUUACAAACAUAAUAAAAAAAAAAACAUUUAGAUCAUUAAAAAAAUGUAUUUUGCCAUUCGAGCCCAUACGGAUAUUAAAUUAGUGUAAACAAAAAUCUUUAUACUUUAAUACUUUAAUCUUUAUAAGGUUUUGUGUCUUUUUUUAAAUGACACCUCUAGCUUUUCAUUGCAAUCUGAACCGCCGAUUAAUCUUGCGGUGGUUUCUGUAACACAGUAAUUCCUCCGACAAUAAGGCCACUUGUUUCUUUUCACUUUCGUUUAGCCGCUAUAAGCUCUUUUCUGCUCUUGUGUGGUUGCUUUUGAAGGCUGUGUGUUAAGUGAAUAAUCGGGCAGGUGCCGCUCAUAGAGGGGCAGAUGAAGAAAGACUGGGGCUGGGAGGGGGGCAAAUGCGGAUAGGUAAAGAAUGACUUGUUCAAAGUGUCUUUUGUUUGGGGCUGAUGGUUUAACUGCGCAUUUUAAGAAAAUUCUGAUGCAGAUAGAUGCCGGCAAGCAAUAAUACGAAGGAUAUUUCCUACAAUGUCCAGUUAGCUUGUGUUCUUUCGUGGAUAAAUUUGUUCGAUUCUAACCGCUUUUUUGAUGGUUUAAUUUACGUGUUUAUUAUUAUUAUUAUUAUUAUUAUUAUUAUUAUUAUUAUUAUUAUUGUUGAUUAAAUGAAGAAUGAUAAAAAUGUAGGGUCAAAAUUAGAUUUGAACAAUUAGAUUUAAAUACAUCUGCAUCAAAUCUGCAAAUGUAUAUAAAGAGCAACUAAGAUAUUAGAAAUACUAUGAAUUCAUUUGGCCUUGCAUCUGCUGUUUGAGUUCUUACCACUGCAGUAGGUGCUGGGGGUGCGGCAAUUAUUGUGACAAAUUUUGACAUUCUUCAUGUGUGGUCUUUAAAAAUGGCCUGGUCGAAGCAGGAAAUGGCCUUGCGCGCUGUGAUCACAAGCUCAGUGCUCCAGCAGUUCUCUCUGACUUUAUUAAUAGUAUUCCAGAUUAAAACAUUUAUAUUAAAAUAAUAUUUUUAAAUGUAUUAUU